AUGAGAAUCAUUGGAUCUCUACUCUACCUUACUGCAAGCAGGCCAUACAUUGUAUUCAGUAUGGGAUUACAUGCAAGGUUCCAAUCAAAUCCUGAGGAAUCUCAUCUGAAGGCUGCUAAGAGAAUUCUGAGAUAUUUGGGCACACAGAACCUGGUUAUCUGGUGGACAGGAAAAACACAUCUAGAAUGGCUCAUUUCCUUAGAUCAUGUUUUAUCUCAUGGGGGGAAAGAAACUCCAUUCUUAGGGGAUGAAAGGACUUUGGUGCUUUUUGAGUCUCCGGUUCAUGAUACCGUCAUCGAAGAAUCUGUUGAAGAACCUGAUUCUCUUUUAGCUGAAACAAACCAGGUGGUUGUACUUGUAGAAGAGUAA